UUGGUUCAAAGCACUAGUAUAUUGCCUCGAAACAACCAGGAUAUUAUUGUAAGUGUGGAUUGUGUGGUGAAGGAUAGUGUCAAUCAUUUGGAUCACGUUAAUGGAAAAAAACGUGAGAGCUUAUUUGAUCCGGAUUUGGCGUUUUAUUAUGUUCUUGAAAUUGCUGCAGACAAUGAGGGUAAUGAGGGUGAAGGAUUGGAUCCGGAAAUGGCAAAGAUAUUUGUUGUUACUACAUUUUUCUUCCAACUAAGACUAUACAAGAUGAUUGUACGCAUUCGAUCUAAAGAGGGGACGAGUCGCUUUGAGGUUGAUCCAAAUGACGAUGUUAUGGCGUUAGCAGAAAAAAUUGCAAUCCAACUCAAAUUUGAUCCGUCCACACUUAAAAUAUCAAAAGACCCGCAAAAUGGUGUACAAGCGAAAUAUCUUUCUGGACAAAGCAUCGCUCAGUUAGGAAUAAAUCAUGGUGAUCUUAUAUACAUAACUUUUGAAGACGGAGCGAAACCAGGCACUUCAAUAGUUUCCGCUGGUAAACAGCCUGCAUCAACAGUAGGACCGUUUGAGCCAACAACGAAUACCAGCUCAUCAUCAGCAUUGAAUGUAAAGCAAGAAGCUGUGGAUGAUUAUCUAGAGAAACAGUCUGGCUUUAUUAAGCGAGGACGUGAUCCGAAAUUCUGUAAGCAUUCUAUACAUGGCAUGUGCGAUUACUGCAUGCCCUUAGAGUGCAAAGAGUAUGUAGGGGAACCAGAUUACCGUCUCAAGCAGCGUUGUUUGAAUGGUCAUGCUCCUUGGCCGGAAGGUAUUUGUACAAACUGUCAACCGAGUGCAGUGACAUUACAACAAUUGAUCAUAUUGAAUUUUCGACAUCGAAUCUCAUUAAUGACUUCAUUAAUUUUUAGCGCUCUACUGGAUAUCAACGGUUUGGAUAUUUAUAUGGACGGAAACCAAACGGAUGGAUUAAGUCUCAAUCUCCCAUGGAAUGAAGAAGAGUCAGUCGACGAGGGAGCUGCUGCUUGUGGAUUAUUCAAAGUCGGAAUGAUAUUCACUGAUCUUAUGGAUGCAGGUCAAGGAAAAGUAAUUUGCAAGCAACACAUUGACUCUUAUUUUCUUUCUUCCCAAGUAUGCUGUUUCUCUGCCGCGAUGCAAACUAAAAAUCCCAAUGUCACGAAAUUGAGCGCCUCCGGAAAAAUUCUCGAGUAA